ACUGAUCUUCAAAGUCCCCCAAAUCCACAGAAUAAUCUUUCAGUAACUAGAAAUAUACCAAAAAUGGCCGACGAAGCCCUUUCCAUCUACGACGAAAUCGAAAUCGAAGAUAUGACCUUCGACCCUGUCCUCCAAAUCUACCAUUACCCUUGCCCGUGUGGCGACCGAUUCGAGAUUGCGAUCGAUGAUCUUCGCGAUGGAGAGGAAAUCGCCGUUUGCCCCAGCUGCAGCUUGAUGAUUCGGGUUAUUUUUGACGUUGACGACCUCCCCAAGGACGAUCAGCAGCAAGGCCCCAGCACCGUUGCGGUUCAGGCUUAA